AUCUCAUCUCAGUAUAAUCACAGUUCACUGAACGCUAUGUGGAAUGCUUUUAGGAACGUGUUGUCGAUGGUCGAAUUGCUUUAAUUGUCAAGAUACACACGUGCGUUGAAAAGACACCUCGAGUAAAAUGAAAAUUAAAAGAGUCAGAAAGUUAAAACGCAAGAAGAAGUACAAUCCGAACGUAAAUCGAAAGAGGAUGCGAAACAAGUUACGGAAACUACCGAAUAUCCCAUGUGAACAGAUAAAGAAGGAAUGGGCGAACGCGAAAUCUACUCGUGUCAAUUUGAAAAAUAUGGGUUUAGCGUACGACGCGAACGAGGCGUUGCAAAUUCCUAAUGUCAAACAAGAGAUGGUGAAGGAGGCCAAAAGGAAAGUUGCGGGAAACGAGGAUCGCGAGUCGGAUCACGAGAACGAAGGGAUGACCGCGACGAAGGGUCACGUGGCGGAGAAGUUGGAAGCAGAGGCGAAAGCUCCUAGAGAACGACGUUUUAGAUUACCAAACGGACAAGCGCAGUUUCUCACUUAUUUAAUACAGAAAUAUGGUGAAGAUUACAAGGCGAUGUCGAGAGAUAAGAAAAAUCACGAUCAAUUAACCUGGAAGCAAAUACGAGCCAAGGUGAAAAUGUUUCAGGGAAUUCCGGAACAGUAUAACAAAUUUAUUAGAAAUAGCGGUAGGCAAUUAGACUGUAGUUCCUAAUAUAAUAUAAAUAAACAAGAAUUUUAUUUAUAUUUUCACAGUGAAAUUAAUGUAUAAGUUAAAUUAAGCAAACAUAUACUACAGUUCAUGCCAAUUUGAUAAAAAUAUCAAAAAUAAUGAAUUAUAUCGUGAUAAAAGUUAUAGGCAUAUUUUGUUAUGUGUAACAAAAUGUAUUGGCAAAUGAAAAAAUAAUUUCAAAUAUAAGAAAGAAAAUCAAAAGGUACAGGCAAAAUAUAUUUAACAGUUUUAAUGAAAGCAACUGUGAGCAAUUGAACAUAUUACUUUUCUACAUAGUCUGCUCCAGUUAUCACGUAAUUUAAAAAUUGCCUUUGGUUUUUGAUUCUCUUGUAUAUUUGUAAUUAUGUCAC